CCUGUUCCCAGUCAUGGCGGUGGUUUGUUGUGUCUUUCAUUUUUUGGCUAUAAAUCAUCACCUUCACCAUAACCAUCACCAUCUCGAUCACCACUUUUCAUAUACAAACACUCGAACAAAUCUGAGCCAAAAGUAACGAGAAAAAUCUACCACAAUGUCCGGUGAUGUCAUUCGAUGCAAAGCUGCGGUGGCACGGGAAGCCGGGAAGCCACUCGUAAUAGAAGAAGUGGAAGUGGCGCCACCGCAGAAAAUGGAAGUCCGAUUGAAGAUCCUCUUCACCUCUUUGUGCCACACCGAUGUCUACUUUUGGGAAGCUAAGGGACAAAACCCCUUGUUUCCUCGCAUAUUAGGCCAUGAAGCCGGAGGAAUUGUAGAGAGCGUAGGUGAAGGUGUGACAGAGCUGCAACCAGGGGACAAAGUCCUCCCAGUAUUCACCGGAGAAUGUGGGGAGUGUCGCCAUUUUGUUCAUUCUGGUUGUGUUGCUAAAAUCAAUCCUGAUGCUCCCCUUGACAAAGUCUGCGUUCUUAGCUGCGGGAUUUCCACUGGCAUGGGUGCAACCCUGAAUGUUGCUAAACCUAAAGAGGGUAUGACUGUUGCUGUAUUUGGGCUAGGAGCUGUAGGGCUUGCUGCAGCUGAAGGAGCUCGGAUUGCUGGGGCUUCAAGGAUCAUUGGUAUUGACCUAAAUGAGAGUAGAGCCGAUGAAGCUAAGAAGUUUGGUGUUACCGAGUUUGUGAAUCCUAAAGAUCAUGACAAACCGAUCCAAGAGGUCAUUGUUGCAAUGACUGAUGGUGGAGUUGAUAGGAGUGUGGAGUGCACAGGAAAUGUUAGGGCAAUGAUUUCGGCUUUUGAAUGUGUUCAUGACGGUUGGGGUGUGGCAGUUCUUGUUGGUGUGCCGAGUAAAGAUGAUGAAUUCAAAACUCUUCCUAUAAAUUUCUUGAAUGAGAGGACUCUGAAGGGUACAUUCUUUGGCAACUAUAAACCCCGAACAGAUAUUCCUGGUGUUGUUGAAAAGUACAUGAACAAGGAAAUAGAAGUGGAGAAAUUCAUAACUCACCAGGUUGGUUUCUCGGACAUCAACAAAGCAUUUGACCUCAUGCUUAAAGGAGAAAGUCUCCGUUGCAUCAUACAAAUGGAUGCAUAGAUCCCUUUGUUGGGUGUUUUACUAUGUUAGCGGUGUGGGUCCAAUCAUGUAACAAAGUUUAUAGUGAAUAAUGUAUAGAGGAAUAAAAGUGAUGGGCGUGUAAUGCCCUUGAAGCUUAAUGUUGUUUAUGCGAAUGUGUAACCUAAAUAUAUGUUUGUAUGAU